AUGCUAAGGUCGAGUUCUCUAAGGGCUGCUGCGAAACGUGCUUAUGCUUCCGCUCCAAAAUCGAUGACCAUUGGGUUGAUCCCAGGUGAUGGUAUCGGUAAGGAAGUUAUCCCUGCUGGUAAACAGGUGUUACAAAGCGUGCAAAGUAAGCACGGAUUGAAAUUCGACUUCAUCGAUCUGUAUGCUGGUUGGGAAACUUUCCAGAAGACUGGUAAAGCUCUUCCUCAAGAGACGGUGCAAAUUCUGAAAAACCAGUGCCAGGGUGCAUUGUUCGGUGCUGUUCAGUCUCCAACCACCAAGGUUGAAGGUUACUCUUCGCCAAUUGUAGCACUAAGAAAGGAAUUGGGAUUAUUUGCCAAUGUUCGUCCCGUAAAGUCUGUUGAGGGAACCAAAGAUAGAAAAGUAGACAUGGUCAUUGUCAGAGAAAACACUGAGGAUUUGUAUAUCAAGCUAGAGAAGACGUACAUUGAUCCAAAGACAGGCACCAGAGUUGCAGACGCUACGAAGAGAAUCAGUGAAGUUGCAACCAGAAGGAUUGCGCAAAUUGCGUUGGACAUCGCUUUACAGAGAUUGAAGACAUACGGACAUGCCACUUUAACUGUCACACAUAAAUCCAACGUUUUGUCUCAAAGUGAUGGACUAUUCAGAGAAGUCUGUAAGGACGUUUAUGAAACCCAAAAGGAUAAAUACGGACAAAUUGUUUACAACGAGCAAAUUGUCGACUCCAUGGUCUACAGAAUGUUUAGAGAACCUGAAUGUUUCGACGUAAUCGUCGCACCAAAUUUGUAUGGUGAUAUCUUAUCGGAUGGUGCUGCUGCUUUGGUCGGAUCUUUAGGUGUAGUUCCAAGUGCCAAUGUCGGCCCUGAGAUUGUUGUCGGCGAGCCAUGCCAUGGUUCUGCUCCUGAUAUCGCUGGCAAAGGUAUUUCCAAUCCAAUUGCAACCAUCAGAUCUACUGCCUUGAUGCUGCAGUUUUUGGGCCACAAUGAAUCCGCUCAAGACAUUUAUAAGGCUGUCGAUGCUAACUUAAGGGACAACCAAGUUAAAACCCCAGAUCUUGGUGGUAAAUCCAGUACCCAGGAUGUUGUUGAUGACAUCCUAUCCAGAUUGUAA